UUUUUUUUUUUUUAAUUUACAAAUAAAACCUUUCACGCUAUAUGCGCCGUCCAUCUAUGACAUUUGUUUUCCAUUUUAUUCUAUUUCUUAGACACCCACUUGUCUUAGUAAUAGUAGUAGUAUUGGUAUUAUUACUAGUACUAAUUAAUUCAAUGAGUUGGUUUUGUUUUGAGUUCCGCCACCUUGGUUUCCAGCCGGACGACCGUAAUGUGAGCACCCAUUUACCGGUACGUAGCUGCAAAUGCUCCUAAGGUCAUCUCUCCAUUCUCAUGUUUAAUGUGCUUUAAAGACGAACAUAUCCACGCCGUACACUUGUAACCUAUGUCUUUGUGCAUGUAACGCUGUUUAAGUAACGUGUGUCCUCUUCACGGGAGGCUCAUGUGUGCUAGCCUCCAAUUUUUAAAGAGACAGUAGCUCAUGACUACCGUUCUUCAUUCGGAAGUUCUCAAGCUAUUUAAAAUAGGGAAAAAAAGUGCAAGUUAUGAGGGAGUUUUUGAAAAAAGUGCACAAUGCCUUGUUAAAAGUUGCGCUGUUUCCGAGCACUUUUGGCAAAUCAAGACCUCGUCCUGCCGCCUCGGAGGUGCUCACCUGCCACCUGGAGCAGCGAAAGCUCCCACCGUGGACUUCUUACUGUGUCCGCUACGCUGCCGUCCACAAUGACCAAUUUGGACUGUCCAACUUCAAUUGGAGCGUUCGAGGAGCGAACUACCACAUACUGAGAACAGGAUGCUUUCCAUUCAUUAAGUACCACUGCACCAAAGCACCAAAGCAGAACCUGGACUUGGAGGACAGGUUUUUCACUAUCCUCAAAGUUAUCAAUCUAGGUAUUCCCUGUCUGGCUUAUGGAAUGGGUUGCUGGAUGGUUGUCGGUGCUGCAGAAACAGUCCAGACAAGCGUCGGUCCUGUCAAACUUUAUUUUGCCUACAAGGAAGACGAAGGUGCUCAGUAUUGAGCCCCAAAACAAACAAUAUUCCAGUGCAAGACUGUCAUUUGUUAUUUACAUUUACGAAGGAAAAGCUCCAGUGGACAUGUUGACACCAGUGUCAUUCUGUGUCUCAAGUGGUCCUUGUGUUCAAUUAUUAAAGAUUUCAAGUUUCAAUGGAAGAGUCGCUCAUGCAUGUUAUCACGCUGACACACAACACUAACAGUGUUUAUUUAGAGAGCACUCUUAAUAUUAAAAAUGGAUGAACAAUUUGCUCCAAAAUAGAUA